AUGAUCCUCUCUUCCCUGAUAGCCCUUGGCAUUCUAGCCUCAGUCGACGCCGCCGCAUCCUCGGGCUGCGGCAAACCUCCCACUCUCACCAAUGGAAUCCACAAUAUCAAUGGCCGCGAGUACAUCCUGAAAAUCCCUGACGGCUAUGACUCAACCAAGCCACACCAUCUCGUCUUUGGCCUCCAUUGGCGAGGUGGAAAUAUGCACUCUGUUGUCGACGGCGAUAGUAUCCAGCCCUGGUACGGUCUCGAAAGCCGAGCGCAGGGCAGCGCAAUCUUGGUAGCUCCUAACGGUCUAAACGCUGGCUGGGCCAACACCAAUGGCGAAGAUGUGGCUCUCAUCGACGCCAUCAUCCAGCAGGUCGAGGGUGACCUCUGUGUGGAUUCGAGAUCUCGCUUCGCGACGGGCUUCAGUUGGGGCGGUGGGAUGAGUUAUGCGCUUGCUUGCUCACGGGCAAAGGAGUUUAAGGCCGUGAGUGUGUUGAGUGGUGGUUUGAUUAGUGGAUGUGAUGGAGGCUACGAUCCUGUCGCUUAUCUAGGCAUUCAUGGGAUUGAUGAUGCAGUUCUGCCAUUUGACGGGGGUGUGACUCUGGCAAAUAAUUUUGUUGAGAACAACAAGUGCCAGCCAACAAACAUUGGCAAACCUGCAUCUGGGAGUGGCGGUUUCAUUCGAGCAGACUUCCAAGAGUGCUCUAAGCCAGUUUCAUUUAUUGCUUAUGAUGGGGGACAUGUUGGUGCACCCCUGGGUGUUGGGAGCUCUCUGGCUCCGGAGGCGACUUGGGAGUUCUUUAUGGCGGCUUAA